AUCAUUUUUGUGUUUCGAAUAGUAAACCGUCACUACGUUUAGUUAUUGCAAAAAUGCUGCGCUAUUGGUUGUGUUUUGCGAGUGCGCUGUGCCUGGCGGGGUACUGUGAUGCGAAUUACUGCAGAGACGCGAACUUAUGUUGUCCCGGACGAGAUAGUUCCUGCGUGGUGCAGAAAGCGCAUCAAAACGCGAUCAUAGAAGACAAGCCAUGUUACUGUGACCACGCUUGCUUGAAGCUGGGAGAUUGCUGUCCCGAUUUUCGAGAGACUUGUGGAGUGAUCGACUGCGUAAUAUCAGCAUGGGGUCCAUGGUCAGACUGCGACACGUCCUGCGGAUCAGGCAGCAUGGUGCGGAGCAGACGCGUGGUCCAGGCGCCUGCGCAUGGUGGACGGCACUGCCCUUCUCUGGUCCAGCGCAGAGCUUGUCAGGAACAUCAUGGUUGUUCUCCUGAUAGCGAUGUGCCUUUAAGAGAGGAGACGGCAAUGAUCCUGCCGGGUGGACUGUCCGUGAGCCGGCAUUCAAACGACACCGUGGAUAUCCGCAAGAACCUUCGGCUACGUAAUCCGGAUGAUCCUGAGUCCAAUUCACAUAGAGAAUACUGCGUGCAGUUCGAAAUAACAAAAGUCUCCAAGGGAUGCCACAUAGACUCCGAUUACAAAGCACUACGAGAAGGAACCACAGUAUGUGUACUUUGCGAAUCGGCGGCUCUUCGACGUGACCUAAAAUGGCGGUGCAGUGGACACGGUGUGACCGGCCACAACACCCGCUUCUACGCUCUAGUGGCUCCACACUGCCACGGAAAAUGGCUACGUACCGCACACACGCCUGAGAAGACUAGCCAGUGCUGCACCAAUCCCGACUUUAUCUUUGUUUAAGUAAUUAUAGAUCUUCUAUGCUACACCUAACACAAUUGCCUUUUCUUUUUUUUAUAUUAGUUUAUGGGAUAAUUAGCAAUAGUAUUGCUUGGCCAAUUGUCCGUGCGGUUUUUGCUACUAGCUAACAUUGAACAAUAAAACUUUUUUCUUUUGAAAAGUUAUAUUGUCUAUGGUAAUUUUAAAACUAAUAUUUUAGCACGUACUUUGAGAAUAGGCUGGAAAGUUAAGACUUGAUACUUAUACUUAUUGUUUAUUACUUAUUGUUUCAGAAUUAAUUUUGCUUACAAACGAAAUUAAAGCAUUUGAAAAUGUUUAUCGUAUACUAUACUUGUUCUAUUUAGUUCAGUUGAUAUAA